AUUUCAGUUGGUCUAGUGGGAUCAAUGAAACCCUUAUUUAUUGAUGAAUAUAAACAAAAAAAUACAAUUUCUAGUUUAUAUCCGGAAAAUUUUUUCUAUUACGGUGUGAUUGGAACUAACGUUCUUUGGAGUUGUGAUUUUUGUUUAGAAGAUUGUGAAAUUCAUACAACGUAUGGCAGUGAAUUUAUCAAAGUUUGGCCUUUUCAACAAACUAAUGGAACCAAUGAUAUUAUUUUUAAUGUGCGAUCAAGUUUGAAUAUUGCAAUAAAAUUCUACGAAACACCUGCUGUUCAAUUUCCAUGUAUCAUGUUGACAAUAGGAGACGGUGAUACGUUAUCGAUAAUUUAUCAAGAGUCGGAAAAUUCAACGAAACGUUAUUUGAAAACUUCGCCUAGCCAUGGAUUAAUUAAUUAUUGGAUUUGGAAUGAAUUUACAAUAAGUAUAUUUGGACCUCAUUUGAGAUUAUUUGCAAAGAAGAAAUAUGGUAACGAAGAAAUACUCUAUUAUCAUCAUAAUUUUUUUAGUUCCCUAAGAUGGUUUAGUAUCGGUAGUGAUCAAAAUAUUGCACAUUGGACUAUUUUUUGUACUCCUAAUGUAAUUAUUGAUUGUAAAGAAUUAGACGCCGUUGAAUUACCAACAUCUCCUAAUUGCAUAUCAUCUCUAAUUGAUUAUCAAUAUCAUGGCUCUCAAUGGAUUGGAGAAAAUCAAUCGCCCUGUAUUCCUUGGACAUCAAAAGAAAUUCCAGACGAAGAGAAGAAGGAGGACUCUUUUAUUGAUGGCUCGAUUAUAAAAGCAUUAAAUAAAUGUCGAAAUCCUUUGAAGGAUCCUCAAGGUCCUUAUUGUUAUACUCUCUCACAAGAAUUAAUUCCCUUUGUCUCGAAAAGUUAUUGUCACAUUCGAACAUGUAGAUCAUUUGAAUGCCGAAAUGCAGGUACUGCUAAUGAUUAUGUGGGAACUUUGUCGAUAACACGAUCGGGGAGAAAUUGUACCAAAUGGAAAAUAUUUUCUAAUGAAAUUACAACUUCUUAUAUUCCUAAAAUUAAUCCAGCGUAUCUUAAUGAUAGUCUCUAUCCAGAAAAUAGUGUCUAUAAUGCUAGUAAUUAUUGUCGAGACCCUUCAAAAAAUAUCGCUGGCACCUGGUGUUAUACAACUGAUCCAGAAGUGCCACAAGAUUUAUGUGAUAUACAAGAUUGCGAUAAACCAGAAGAAUGUUUAUUUCUAAUAAAUGGUCAUGUGAUCGAUAGACGAUUUUACAUUUUACCAGAAUAUCGAUCGGAGGGUUUACAUUUUUCAAUAAAAAUUUGGGAACCCGAUAAACCUGAUUCAAUAUCAUUUGUAUUUAUGGCAGACGAUGGUUUUAAAUCAAAAUAUAUUCUUCAAAUUGGUGCCAAUAUUAAUGAAGAAGUUAUUCUUUAUUAUCAAUCAGAAAACGAAGAUUUAAAACUAAUGAAGCAAAAGACAUUAAAUCAUUUAUUACAUUUUGGAAAAUGGAGUGAAUUUAAAAUACGAAUUCCAAGGGGAAAAGUACAAUUGUUCUAUGAAGGUGGAAUAAAUCCUUUAUUUGAAUGGGAACAAUCUGAAUUGACAAAUUCCUUUUCACCUGUUUAUUACUAUUAUAAAAGUGAAUAUGGCUAUGCUAUUGGUGUUUCAUUUGAUUGUAAUUCAAAAUGUCAUAUUGAAAACACAAAGACAGAUCGAAUGACAAGAAUAAUUCCUCUUUCAACAUGGAGUUCUCAGGUAAUAUCAAAACCUGAUAGAGUACAAUUGAUGAUACGUGCCAAAGGUGUUGUUUUAAUUCCUCUUAUUUUAUUGCCAGCGACUCCAGGAUAUUAUACUGUAUCAUUGGGAGAAGGAGGUCAAUGGAUAUAUUUCUCAAAAAAUGUACAUCCAAAUGUAAGAAUUUAUCAUAAACAAAAAGCACCUGGAUUAAUAUUUACAAAUGAUUCAUGGACAAAUAUCACAAUUAAGUGGAGCAAUAAAAUAAUAUCGAUAUUUCGCAACGAAACACAAAUUUUUCACUAUCAACAUACAAAUAUUCUUCUUUUCUAUUUUUUUACUGUCAUUGUUGAUGCUGGAAGUUGGGCUACUUGGACGGCUAAUUGUUUACCUUCAGAUAUUGAUGGAGACCCACGAGAUGGAGGAUGGUCAGAAUGGGGUGAAUGGACAUGUAGUGUCAGUUGUAAUGGUGGAAUUGGAACCCGAAAACGUUUCUGUAAUAAUCCAGAACCAAAUGUAAAAGGUGAACCAUGUUUGGGUCCCAGUACUAUGACUGGUCGUUGUAAUACAAUUAUUUGCGGAGAUCUUCUGGAAGACACGGUAAAAUUAAUAAAACGAAGAAGUAGAAUGAAUCACACUUCUUUAAUUAUAAAAGAAGGUCUUUCAGUGACAAUAUCAAUGGACAAAGAUAUCAUCGAUCGUAUUGUUUCUGAAUCACCUAAAUCCGUUAUGAAAUGGUCAUUAAAUGGAAUGCAUCUCGAGAAUGAUAAAAAUCGAAUUAGAAUAGAAAAACAUGAAAUUGUAAUUAACCAAGUUAUACCCAUUGAUUCUGGUAUUUAUACACUAACAUUGCGACGAGUUGAUGAAACAUAUUUAAUUAUUAAAAUGAUAAGUUUAGCUGUUUAUCCAAUUAAUAGCAUUAUAACUAUUCGCGAAACACUUCCAAUGUCAAUUACAUGUAAUUGCGCUACUUUGGGUUAUUUUUAUUCUAAUUUAAAAGUCAUUUGGAAAUUGGAUAAAAGUGUUUGGAAAAAUUAUGGCACGACUCUUCCAUUGACGAUAAAUGUUGAUUUUGUGAAAGCAGUCAAUAAAUCUCACAAUGGUCUAUGGGAAUGUAUUGUUAAACAAGAAGAUUUAAAUUUUCAAUGGAUUACUAAUAUUCUACGUGUUGAAGUUUUAGGAGCACCUAAUUGGCGAACACAUUUAAUGGAAGAUAAAUUAACAAAACCAAUUUUUGGAUGGAUGCCAAAUGAAACAUUUGUUGCCAUAUCGGCGAUUUUAAUAUUUUUAGGUUUUAUAAUAUUUAUCGUGGCAGGUGCUGCAUGGUUUAUAAGAUUUCAAGAUAGUUUAAGAGUAAAAGCAGUUCGAAAAGACGAAGAAAACAAUGAAGAAGAAGAAGAAGAAGCUGUGUCCUUAAUCACAGAAGAAGAUAGAAAAAAUUCAUCAGAGAAAAGUGAAAUUGAUGAUUAAAAAUAAUUAGAAAAUUCGAGUAUCAUUAAAAAAUGAUUAAUUUUUAUUAUUUCUAAAAAAAAAAAA